GGAGUAGCGGAACGGCGCCGAGGAUGGGAUGGUGGAGGUCGGGGGGUUGAGGAAGAGGCGCAGCGCGGCGGCGGGGUCCGGCUCUCGGCGGAGGGCCGCAGCGAGGUGGUAGGACGAGAACUUCUUCCCCGCCAUGGCGGCCUGGGGCAUUGCGGCGUUCUGGUGGCGGCACACGUGGCAGUUGACACCUCUGACGUCAUGUUUGUCGUCGUUCUAUACUAGCCCUGGGCCCGGGCCCAGAUACAGGAUAUCAAGUAAAGGCCCAUCCUGAUUUCGAUUUGAUUGGGCCUUCUCCUGAGCCUGCUUGGGGUCGUCGGCGAAUCGGGGGCGAUUCGAUUCGCGUCGAGUCGUCGGAGGAAGGCGGCGCUUGGGCGGAGGAAGGAUGGAGGCGACUGUGGACGACCUGAGCGCGGCGUACGACGAGUUUGUGGCGGCGGCGGCGGCCGUGAUGGAGGCCCGCGCGCAGUCGGGCGGGGAGAAGACGGCGGCCACGGACGCCGCGCUCGAGGCCUUCAAGCAGCGCUGGGAGCUCUUCCGCGUCGCCUGCGACCACGCCGAGGAGCUCGUCGAGUCCAUCCGCCAGCGCAUCGGCUCCGAGUGCCUCGUCGACGAGGCCACGGGAUCCGCCUCCUCCGGAUCCGGGCCCGCGCCGCUGGCUGCGGCCCCCGGCAUCAAGCCCAUCAGCGCCGUCCGCCUCGAGCAGAUGAGCAAGGCCGUUCGCUGGCUCGUCAUCGAGCUCCAGCACGGCGCAGGAGGAGCCUCCGCCCCUGGGGCCGCCGGAAGUGGUGGUGCCGCUACCCCCAACGCCGGCGCCGGCCCGGGCCCCGGUGGGCAGCACCCCGAGGAGGGAGGCCAGUAGGUAUGGAGUUGCUGAGUUAACUACUGUAGCUGUGUCGUCCUUCAGGAAUGAACUCGUAGCGUCUCUCCUUCAAGAGAGUACAAAGAACAUGUGUUUGCAUCUCCGACUUACUGCAUUAGAGCUUGCGAUCACUAGCAUGGUACUUGAUAAUGCCCUGCGGUGUUCAUAUUUUGAAGAACUGAACCAAGUUACUUGUACUUUGCUGGCUGUUUUUCCCCUCCCAUUAUGAGAUAAUACACUAUGAACUAGUGACA